CUGCGCAUGCGUCCUUCCAUAACUUGUCACCGGAAGUCGCUCCUCGCAAACGUGCGGAUGGUUUAGUGUGGAAGGGAAGGAGACAUCAAACGCAGACAUGUUUCGACGAAAACUGACGGCAUUAGAUUAUCACAACCCCGGUGAAUUUGACUGCAAGGAUGAGAGCCAGUUCAGGAACUGCAUCGUGUGGUUGGAGGACCAGAAGAUCCGACAUUACCCAAUUGAAGACCGAGGAAAUCUCAGAAACAUACCCGGCUCCGACUGGCCAGCAGCUUACAACCAAUACCUGCAGGACUUGAACUGUCCUUUUGGAGCGACUGAGAGAGCAGAGGCUGUGGACUGGUUGCUGGGCCUGGCUGUUCGAUAUGAAUAUGGAGACAAUGUGGACAAGUACCAGAACUGUCCAACACUGGAAGGCCCCGCCAACGGCAAAGCGGCGUCAGACCCUCUUGUCAACCUGGACACUGACUCGCCAGAUUUUAAAGCCGGCGUCAUGGCCCUGGCCAACAUUCUCAAGAUACAGCGACAUGACGACUACCUGGUGAUGCUCAAAGCCAUUCGCAUCCUCAUCCAGGAGAGACUUUCCCCAGAAGCCAUCGCUAAAGCCAGCCAGAGCAAAGAGGGAGUCCCAGUGGCUUUAGACCAACACAUCUUGGGUUUUGAUACAGGAGACGCCACCUUGAAUGAAGCGGCUCAGAUCUUGCGUCUGCUGCACAUCGAGGAGCUGCGGGAACUUCAGACAAAAAUCAACGAAGCUAUCGUCGCGGUCCAGGCCGUCAUCGCUGACCCAAAAACGGACCACAGGCUGGGCAAAGUCGGCAGAUGAAGCCCACGAGAAGGUUGUGGUGGACUGAAGUUGUUUUCUUGCGUAUGUGCAAUAACGUUUUCACUCACAAAGCGACAGUCUUGACAAAUAUCCCAAUAACUGCUCAGUCGUUUGGUAAAAUUGAAAAUAAAACGAGUCAAGUAGCAAAUCA